CCGCCCCCUUCACCACCACCACCACCACCACCCCCAAGAGAUUCUCCAGGGCGGUGUUUGUCCGCUGAACCUUCUUGCGCCGCCCGUGGCGCGGACGCACUCGAGAGGCAGCAGCGCACCGAUCGCGCAUCCGGCACGACCGGGACGCGCUCAUCCUCCUCCUCAUCCUCCUCCUCAUCCUCCUCCUCCUCGCGCACAGAAGUCGCAUCGAGCGGUACCUCGACGACAUCAGCCGGCUCAGCUGUUCCGCCAAGCGUGGAAGAGGCGAGGCGUGCGCUGAAGCUUCAGCCCUGUCCGUGCGUAGAAGCCGCAGGGCGCCAUGCCCCACCACGCGCCCCACCGCACGCUGCUUCUGUGCGCCCUGGCUCUGCUGGGGGGGUGGCUCUCGCUCGCCACAGCCGACAUCAACGAGACGGUCAUUUGCACCAAGGACUACAUGGAGGUAUCCAUCCCAAGGUCGUAUUUCACCAACCGGAAUGCGCCUGUGCAGAUUUACGACCUGCACCUCAACGACCGCUCGUGCCGAGGCACUGAAACGGAAGACGCUUUUGUUUUCCAAGUGAAGACCAACUACUCCAACUGUGGAACCGUCACCGCGUCGGACGGCAAGCAUAUCGUGUUCACGAACACGAUCCAGAACAAGGUGUCGGGCGUGGUGAGCCGAACGUACGUGAACAUCACCUUCUCGUGCCGCUACCCGGUCACGUACCUCGUGCAGUACGCCAACGGGGGCAACGUGGUGCACGUGGACGUGCGCCCCGUGAUGCUGGACACGGAGGAGGGCAACUUCUCCAUCUCUAUGGAGCUGUACCGCGACGGCCUCUUUGAGGAGCGCUGGAACAGCAUCCCCAUGCUCAGCCUGGAGGAAAGCGUCUACGUGCGCGUGCACAUGCUGCCGGCGCAUCUCAUCCUUCGGGUGCAGAGGUGCUGGGCAACCCCUUCUAGUGACCCCUACCACUCGAUUCAGCACAUCUUCAUCCAGGACAGCUGCCCGGCCCUGCUGGCGGACAGCACCCUCACGGUGGUGCGCAACGGGGAGGCGUCGGACGCCCGCUUCCACCUGCAGAUGUUCAAGUUUGUUGGCGCGUCCUACCUGGCCGUUUACCUGCACUGCACCGUGCAGAUCUGCCACGAUGCGGCCAUGCAGUGCGUGCCGGCAUGCGAGCUGGUGGUGUCGGGCGACGGCGAGGAAGGCACGGAGCCUCACGACGUCACCGCCCGCGUCCGGAGGGAGGUCACCUCAGCGCGCACCGUCUCUUACGGGCCCAUCCGGCGCAAGGGCUCGGAGCACGAGACUGCGGGUCGCCCUGGCGCAGGCCGGAGCAGGCCGUCCUCCGUGCAGGUGCUGAUCCUCAGCGUGCUCCUCACGGCGGCCACCUUGUUUGUCCUCAUCGUCGCGGCGCUGUGGCGUCGGUCGCGCCGCUCGCGCCGCGUCACCCUCCGUCACGACCUAGCCUGCCUUGGCACCACCACCGCCACCACAGCCACCACCGCCGCCACCGCCGCAGCAGCAGCCGCCACCUUCCGCCUAGCGGGCUCCGGGACGUCUCCCGCGCCGCCCCGGUCAUUGGCAGGGUCCGUCGCUCUCACGGGGGGCCCCCAGCCCUCCUUCAACCCGGCCUUCUUGCCCGACGCAGAUUUGGGACACUGCACGGACUGAGUUCAUCGGCGAGAUGGCGAAAUAGAUCGGGGGGGGGGGGGGGGGCCGAGGAUGGGAUUUGCCUCGAGAUUUGGUGGGACCACGCCACUUUUCUCCUCGUGGCUUUCUUAAAUCUCACGAACGUCGCAGACGCAGUUUUGUGCUGGAACGGGUCGGGCCGAUGAAUUGUUACUUUUGGUUGUGAUGUGUAAAAAGAUAUAUAUGUAUGUGUACACAGGAUUUGUUUUAAAUUUGAGUUCCAUCUGAAGUGGCUAAUUAUAGGUUCAGUUGGUCUCACUUCAAGGAACUAUAAAAAGUGUUUCUCUGGUAUCUUAUUUUAAUACAGUAAAAUUCUGGCUAGCCAAAAUUCACGUUUUUCCAGACGAGGCUCGGCAAAAUAAAAAAAGAACCUGCUGCCCCACAGCCUCUGGGAUUGCUUCGACCAUGUGGCACAAUGUAGGGCCUACACUCAGUGCUUUUUAAAUAUCCCCCGUAUAGCGGUCAUCGGACUGUUGGGGAAAGUGCUGUUCGCGAGCACCUAUGAGGUGGCACGGCACACAAAGGGGUAGGUGGCCAGCACCACGCCCGGCCACCUUUUGUCUCCACAUUGGCGAUGUUGUACACACCGCACCGGUACUCAUUCGGCAUAGGGGAGGCCCAGGACCAGUUGAGAUAAUCGUCACUGGUGGUGGCCGUCAGCGGGAAUCGAACCCGGGUCGCCGGGUUCAUAGCGCAGCGCGCUAACCACUGCGCCAUCACUCCCCCGCAUGCAGUAUAGUGCAGUAUACCACGCACUCAAAUUACAGCACAGUACUUACAUUUUUUUGGUCUGUAUUUUAUUUCAUGGUCUUCAAAGUACAGUAAAUGUAUGUAAAAAAAAGUUUUAAAAUUAAUUUUAGCGAUAUUAAGUGUGAUCUACAGGGUUGUUGAUGUUUUGUUCCAUAGAUGUGCAAUGCAUUUGCAGCGAGCCAGCCCUUUCAGAUACCUGGGGCAGGGCUGCCCCUUUUAGUCUGGAUAGCCAGGGGUUUUUACUGUAUUGUUUUUUUUAAGUCUGCCAACUUUUUAUGAUGUAAUUGCUGUUUCCACAGUCUCAAUAAAUCUUAGCAAUAACUUGUGCUUCAUAGACAGUAUUCUGACAAGAAUAACACUGGUGGGUUUUUAUAAAAUGUAUUUAUUGUCAUUUUGUUAAUAAAACUGACAGCAUGUAAAACAAUCCAACAAGCCAUGGUCCUGAGAACAACACUUUUUAAUUUGUAGUGACCUCUUGCCUGAGGCACUCUUCAAUGCCAAUCGCAGUUUCAGUCUCACUCCAACACGAUUUCUCACUGGGCAGUGGAAAAUUUAAUUUCAUACCUCAUUUCAGGAACGUUAUAAAGGGGUCAUGGAUGGAUGGGGUUGCCACCUUUGAGGUACACAGGAAAACGACGAAUAUCUCGCAGUAUCGGAGCAGGGAAAACUCCACGUACACUAAUCCUCUUGUUUGGUGCAGUGUUUCACAAAUUACACAAAAGGACUUUUAAUGUCCUGGGAAGACUUACAGAUAUCCCAGGACGGCUACCUCAAGUCGAGAAAGAUCUUGCGACAAAACCAGGGCAGAUGGCAACCCUAGUCAUGGGUAUUGAAUUAUACCAUGUGUUUUUUCUCUAAGUUGUAAAACCGACAGGAUUUAAAAAAAACCUAAAAAUAUACUUUUUCAAGAGCCUGUUCUUCGCUUCCUAAAUUUGGAACGUGAACUGGAAAGGGUGGUUUUGCAGUUGUAUCGGGAUUUUUUUUGUAUUGCAUUAUUUCUGUCUUGAAUAAACUGGAUGUUUUCAAUGUAUUUUUCUUCCAAAACGUCUAGAGCCUUGACUUGAUAUCACAAACCAAGUCGUUAUGCCACACAAUUUUGUGGUAACUUGGGAUCUGAAUAAUUCUCCAUCGAGAUCAAAUAAAUUGGCACAAUUUAGCAUCACGAUUCCGUAAUUGAUUGUGCUUUACAUUGUGGUGAAUGUUACAGCCUCUACCUGGCUGGAAUGUUUACAAGAACCCACGACGUAAAACAUACGGAUUGAAAAAACUUCACCGUUCGAUGUAUGUAUCAUGGUGCUUUUGCAUCUAUAAUUAGUGUAUGGAUCGAUGCAUUGUUACACGACUAGAACUCAUCAUUGUCAUUAUCAUCAACGUUCAAACCGCCUCAAUAGUCCUACAGCCAAUAACAGUCUAAUCUCAGAUGAUUGAGAACAUUUAGUAUAUAUUUUUUUUAUUAACCACUAUUUUCGAAAUAAUAAACAUUUAAUUCCCGCCAGCGCUAACGAUAUUGCAAUGCGAACGGUACGGAGUAAUCUUUUGGAAUCCAUAGUUUAUAAACAAACAAAUAAACAAAAAUGAAAUAUAUACGUGUACAAAUAGAAGAAACACGUUCCUUCGGAGUGGGCUGGUAGGAACUUGGUUGGACAGCGCAUUCGUGCACGACAGACAAAUAUGCACGACAGACAGACAAAUAAUCCCUGGUGGGCAGUGUGGAACCUGUUGUUCCUACCUGAUGUGUCGAGUGCUAACUUGCUUAGGUGAUAUAUUUACUUCUCUGAGACAAUGUAAAGACCACAGGCUCCCUAGGCAGCAUUACACUUGUGUUGUCAAAAUCCGGAGAGAAAAACAAAACCCCACUGCAGUAACCCUGCCACAAUGAGUCGUGUACACAGCAAGGCCAUCACACAGGCAGAUAACCUACAAAAGGUGUAAUUGUUAACUCCUUCACCUGGGGG